AUGAAUAUUGAUGUAUCAGCAACGGAACAACAAAAUUAUCAAUGGAAAAUUCAAUCUGAGCAAAUUAAUGACAUGAAAAAGAUAAUUGAAAUUUAUCCAUAUGCAAUUGAAACAUUAGGACGAGCAUUGUCUGUAGUGCGAAUAAAUGCAAUGUUCAUUCCAACAUCUUCAGCAAUAUUAAUAGAUCCUCUUCAACGUGAAUUUUAUAGUUUACCACAAAACAUUAUUAAAUUUAAAUUAAAAAAAGAUUUUGAACAUAAUGAUAAUGAAUUUGUACCUGAAUAUACUCAUCAAAUAUUUGGAAGAAAUAAAAUAAUAUUUGGUUAUAAAAAUUUAAAAAUUAAUUUUUAUUGUUUAUCAUCAUCAUUUAUUUUCUGUUUCAAUGUAAAUUAUGACGAAAAAAUAAAUCAAGAACAAAAUCAAGAAUUGCAAACUGAUGAUAUAAGUCAAUUAUUAAUUAAUUGGAUACCAUCAUCAAUAACAACAACAAGUUUAGAUUUAUUUUUAUCAAAAAUAAAAUAUGAAAACGAAUAUUUACCUUUUGGGAAACAAUUAUUCAAUUAUAAAUUAAAAGGAGAAGAAUCGUCUCCUUAUUUUAUUUAUUGUAUUAAUCAAAACUAUUUUAACAAUUCAAGAUUUAUUGAAUGGUUUUCUGGUUUUGAAACAUUUGUUAAAUUUUUUAUUAAUUCUGAAUCAACUAUUAAUAAUAAAGAUUUUAAGAUGAUUAUUUAUCUUCUUUAUCAACAAUAUCAAAAUAAUAAUAAACAAAUAUGUUAUACACCUAUUGGAUUUAGUACACUUCAUCUUUAUUAUGCUUAUCCAGAUAAAAAACGACCAAGAAUUAGUCAAAUAUUAAUUUUACCACCAUAUCAAAGAAAAGGUCAUGGACGACAUCUUUUAACAACAAUUUAUAAUGAUUUACGAAAAGAUUCUUGUGUUCAAGAUAUUACAGGUACUCGAGUCUUGUCUAUAAGAAAGUCAGAGGUAAAUUUCUUCUAAAUAAGUCUAUUUCAAAACUCAGUGAACCUCUUUAUAUGUAUGUAUAUAAUUCCGAUCACUACCUGGUUCUUUUUUUUAUUUAAUAUUACUAUUGAAAUUGUUUGUUUUGAUCCCAGGUCAAAGAGAACGGCGUCGUAAACGGUAUAAAACGGGGAAAAAAGGCGCUAGUACGGGCCGUAAUCCGUCAGCCCGUUUUACGACCCACCGUUUAGUGCAGUAAACGAUCAUCGUUUUUACAAGAAACGGCCAUCGUUUUCACCGUAUUUUAGCCGUAAAAUGGGAUGACGAAAAUAAUGCGAAAAGCAAUAUUGUAUAAUAUUGCAUUAUAUUGUAUGG